AUGGCGUCCAUUGCCACGUCAGCAGAGCGAGCAGUCGCUCUCCAGUCGCAUGGCCUUCGAUCCGCCGCUGCUGCUGAGUCCCUGGGCAGCAGCUCGUCGCAUGCAUUUUCCCAGCUAAAAGUAACCCCUCUGCGUGCUGCUCGCACGAGAUCGUCCUCUACGAGGUCCAAUGUCGCCACCGUGCGCGCUUCCUCUGACUCAGAGUAUCGCACGGGUGUGAAGCGCAACCACAACAUCGGCAAGCUACAGGCGGGCUACCUCUUCCCCGAGAUCGCGCGGCGGCGGCGCGCGCACCUGGAGAAGCACCCCGACGCGAAGAUCAUCAGCCUGGGCAUCGGCGACACCACGGAGCCCAUCCCUGACGUCAUCACCGCCGCCAUGGCCAAGAGGGCGCAAGGGCUGUCAACGCCAGCGGGGUACUCCGGCUAUGGCGCAGAGCAGGGCGAGCAGGAAGGGGGCGAGAGGAAGAGGGGUGGCUCAUACGAGGAGUAUGGUGUGAGUCCUGUGGGCUCCGUAACAUCCUUAGAUGCUCACACCACAGAACACCAUGCUCACUUAUCUCCAUGCUACGAGAAGCUGCCUCACUGCGGCCGCACUGCGCCUCAUGCCAUACUGCACCACCCCGUUCCCCGUAUGCUCACUCCUUCCCCCACCAGGCUCUGCGCGCGGCGAUCUGUGCGACGUGGUACAGCAAGCUGGGCAUCACGGAGGAUGAGGUGUUCGUCUCCGACGGCGCCAAGUGCGACAUCGCGCGCCUGCAGGUGGGCGCCUGACACUGCUCACCGAUUUCCUACGAGACAACGCCAAUCCCUCGUUUUCUCUCAUGCCGCCAUGCCCUCGAGUGAGUUCCCGUUCUUGUACGGAAGUGCUUCACUGGGUCGUUUUCACUGUCUCACCGUCUUCUCAACCCCCCCCAUCCGUUCCCUUUUACUCAACCAGAUGAUGUUCGGCGCUGACGUCACCAUGGCCUGCCAAGACCCCUCCUAUCCGGCAUACGUGGACACGAGUGUGAUGAUGGGGCAGACGGGGCUGUACGUGCCAGAGACACAGCAGUUUGGUAACGUGACGUACCUGCGCUGCACGCCUGAGAACGACUUCUUCCCCGACCUCUCCUCUGCACCCCGCACCGACAUCAUCUUCUUCUGCUCGCCCAACAACCCUACAGGGCGGGCGGCAUCACGGCAGCAGCUGCAGCAGCUGGUGGACUUCGCCCGCGCCAACGGGUCCAUCAUCGUGUAUGACUGUGCCUACGCCAUCUAUAUCGAAGACGACUCGCCCAAAUCCAUCUAUGAGAUCCCUGGCGCAGAUGAGGUGGCCAUUGAAACAGGAUCGUUCUCCAAGUACGCUGGCUUCACCGGCGUGCGUUUGGGCUGGUCAGUGGUGCCAGCAGCGCUGCGCUACGCAGACGGCCAUCCAGUGCGGGCGGACUUCAACCGAGUCACCUGCACGUGCUUCAACGGCGCCAGCAACGUCUCCCAGGCGGGAGGCCUUGCGUGCCUUUCCCCUGAGGGACUCGAGGCCAUGGGAACGCUGGUAUCGUUUUACAAGGAAAACGCGGCCAUCCUCAAGUCCACCUUCCAGUCGCUGGGCUUCGAGACGCAUGGAGGGGACAACGCGCCGUACGUGUGGGUGCGCUUCCCAGGGCGCUCUUCCUGGGAUGUGUUUGCUGAGAUCCUAGAGAAGGCUGAUAUUGUCACCACGCCUGGGAGCGGGUUCGGGCCUGGUGGGGAGGGGUUUGUGCGUGCGAGUGCGUUUGGUAACCGUGCGAAUAUCGAGGAGGCGGCACGGCGGAUUACGAAGCUCUACUCGUCGUGA